AGGGAGGAGGCAAGGAGGACGAAAGGGGGAGGGCAGAUAGACAGACGGGCAGACAGACUGCCAGCCUGGGGCCUGGGGAGCGUUAUUCGAACCCGAGAGACACUCCGGCUUCGCUCCCGCCCUCCGCGCCCUACGGCACAGCUGGAGGAUGCUGCGCUACAGCUCCGCGGUCACCCUGCUCUCGGGCAACGGGGCCGCUUCCUCUGGGAGUCCAGGCAAGAGGGCCAACGUCUGCAGAUUACGAUUAACGGUACCCCCUGACUGCCCAGUGCCGGAGCAAAGUGAAAGGAAAGAGGAAAGAAAGGAACAACAUCCUGAUUUAGUCAAUGGAGAAUCUACCAAGAAACUCCCCCAAGGUGUGGUUUAUGGUGUGGUUCGAAGAUCCGACCAAAACCAACAGAAAGAAAUGGUGGUAUAUGGUUGGUCCACUGAUCAGCUGAAAGAAGAAAUGAACUACAUCAAGGAUGUGAGAGCAACAUUGGAAAAAGUCAGAAAACAAAUAUAUGGGAACUAUGAUGAAAUGAGGCAGAAAAUUCAACUCCUCACCAAAGAAUUGAGAGUUUCCAGUGCUCAACAGGAGUAUCUACAGAAUCACAUCGAAACACAGUCUUCAGCCUUGGAUAGUUUUAAUGACAUGAGCUCCUCUUUGGCUUCAGACUCCAUUGGUUUGCAGAAAACAUUGGUGGAUGUUACCUUAGAAAACAGUACCAUUAAGGACCAGAUCAGAAAUUUACAGCACACAUAUGAAGCAUCUAUGGAACAACUGAGAGAAAAGCAGAGACAGUUAGAGGUGGCUCAGGUUGAAAACCAGCUUUUGAAACUAAAGGUAGAAUCUUCCCAGGAAGCCAAUGCUGACGUCAUGAGGGAGAUGACCAAGAAGCUCUACAGUCAGUAUGAAGAAAAACUACAGCAAGAACAGCAAAAGCACAAUGCAGAGAAACAGGCCCUCCUAGAAGAAACCAAUAAUUUUCUGAAAGCCAUUGAGGAAGCCAAUAUCAAGAUGCAAGUAGCGGAGACCAGCCUCGAAGAGCGAGACCAAAGGAUCGGAGAACUGGACAGACUAAUUGAACGUAUGGAAAAGGAACGCCAGCAACUUCAGCUACAGCUGCUUCAGCAUGAGACCGAAAUGUCGGGAGAAGUUGUCAACACAGACUUUGACAAGAAAAAGUAUCAGCAGCUGGAGGAGGCAGCAGCUAGCCUGCGAGAACGCAUUAGACACCUGGAUGACAUGGUCAACUGCCAGCAGAAGAAAGUCAAGCAGAUGGUUGAGGAGGUCGAAUCAUUAAAGAAAAAAGUGCAACAGAAACAACUAUUUAUCUUGCAGCUUUUAGAAAAAAUAUCCUUCUUGGAAGGCGAGAAUAAUGAGCUACAAAGUAGAUUGGACUAUUUAAUGGAAACACAGCCCAAGACUGAGGUGGAAACCAGAGAGAUUGGAGUAGGCUGUGAUCUACCACUCAGUCAAACAACUAGGACUCGAGAAAUUGUAAGACCUUCAAGGACCUAUGCACCAUACACGAGAGUAAUGGAAUUAACUAUGAAGAAAGCUAUAACUGAAGCAGACCAAUAAGUACAUUCAUUUCCGAAGAACAAAUGCACUGAGACUGCAGCAUGAAUUCUGGAGAGGAUAAAUGUUACUUCCUUGAUCCACACGUUUGCAUCAAUGAGAAUUAGAGUUGCUACAAAGUUAGCUUUCCUUUUGGGAGCCUAAAGAUGGAAAGUCUGGUGGGGGUUGGGAGCGAUAGGGAGGAGGGAAGAAGCCUGAAGUGCAAUAUGUCAUAUUUCAAACACUAAACCCAAAUAUGCUUAUACGCAGUAUUCUCUGUGACUUUCUAGGCACCCACUAAAGUUCUGUUAGUGGGAUUCACUUACAAUCUAUAAGUUUUAUUAGAUUUGGGUUGUUGAUAGAGGAAAGGGGCAUUAAUCAAAAAGUGAUUUGUGUUUUAUUUUCAUGUCAGGAUCACUUGUUACAUACACUAUGAAGGUUUUGUUACCCAUAAAGUAUUAGGAGUCGAUAUUUUUCUUUGGUGCAGAGACAUUUGUCUAUGAAAGAGAAAAGGACUGUCAGACACACUUUCAAACUGAAGUGGAAAUGAAGACUUCUUGGCAGUUAGAUGCCGGUGACUGCUGGCCACAGAUGUCUGUCUGCUGAAUGCUCUGUAUUUCACAUGAGCCCCUGUGAAGAAUGAUUCUAAUGCUUGGGCAGCUGUCUUAAAGCUGGAUUCUGGAGCUCCAAAGGCCUUUGCUGUUCAUUUGUGCCUUGUAUCUUUAUCACGCCAAUUGAAAUCACCGUAUUUAUUUCUACCUAUGAGCAUUUUUCUUUCUCAUUUCAACCUAAAAGAUAAUUUUGUAUGUUAAAAUUUUACUAAUUUAAGUUUUCAAUAACAACUGAUGUUUUUUUUCCUAAAUGAAUAUUUUAUUCAACCAUAUAGUACGUUGGUAUUAUAACCCCCUGAUGCAUUUAUUUAAUAAAUUCUAUAUAUUUUGUUCUAUUAA